AUGGAUAUAGAUGACUUGAAAUUCAUAAGUAAAGAAAGAAUAUUUAUGAAUGAACCAGUGUUAAUUAGUUUUGAAAUACCAAAUAAUCUAAACGAAAUCAAUAGAAAGCUCAUUGAAAAGAAAGAUAUUAACGAAUUUACUCUUCCAACUACAAUUACUAAAUUAGGAGAUAGUUGUUUUAAAGAAUGUUCAUCAUUGACAACAAUAAAUAUACCAACACCAAUUAGUGAAAUAGGGUAUCAUUGUUUUAAAGAAUGUUCAUCAUUAACAUCUAUUAAUUUACCACUAACAAUUACUAAAUUAGGAGAAUGGUGUUUUGAUGGAUGUACAUCAUUAAUAUCAAUUAGUAUUCCAUCAACAACCAGUAAAAUAGGAGAAGGUUGUUUUAAUUUGUGUUAUUCAUUAACAUCAAUUGACAUACCAUCAUCUGUUAGUGAAAUAGGAAAUUACUGUUUUAGUAAGUGUAGAUCAUUGAAAUCAGUUAAUCUGCCACCAACAAUUAGUGAAAUAGGGUAUGAAUGUUUUAAAGAAUGUUCAUCAUUGACAUCAGUUGAUAUUCCAACAUCUGUUAGUGAAAUAAGAGACAGUUGCUUUAGAGAAUGUAAAUCAUUAAAAUCAAUUAAUAUUCCAACAACAGUUAGUAAAAUCGGAAAUUGGUGUUUUUAUGGAUGUAAAUCAUUAACAUCUGUUACUAUUCCAUCAUCAGUUAGUAAAAUCGGAAAUUGGUGUUUUUAUGGAUGUUCAUCAUUAAAAGAAGUUGAUAUACCUUCAUCAAUUAGUAAGUUAGGAAAUAACUGUUUUGAUGGAUGUUCAGAAGGGUUAAAAAAGAAUGAAGUUUUAAGAAAUAUAUAUUUUAAGAAUGAAGGGUCUUGUGUCAUUGUUUAA